CACUAUAAACAAAAACACGCAAAUUAGCUUGUAAAUAAAAUCGUUUUAUAAUAAAUAAAUAAAAAGUGUAACUAUGGGAAAAUUAGAAGAUCGUCGCUCGAAGCGUAGCAAACGACAAAAACCAGCUAGGUUUGCGUCGCCUACCGAGUCCCCAUCAUCGCCGACUCCGGCCAACUCCGUUUCCGAGCCAGCUGAGGCGGUAACACCUCAGACAGUCGCACCAACAACUGCCAAGCCUACAGUGUCAACUCCUUCGGCAAACAAUAGCAAGACUAAUGAAGUGGGCCAACGUUCGCGACCUGCAACCAGCACGAAAUCAUUGCCCGGAAACGCUACGCCUCCAACCAGUUCCACAAAGAAGCCGAGGAAACGUCGCAACAGUGAUACGUCUAGUGAUGAAGAGCGUUGGCUGAAUGCCAUCGAAACUGGCAAACUGGAAGACGUCGAUGACGAGUUGAAAAAGAUAAAGGAUCCCAAGCUGAUGACGGCGCGUCAGCGUGCCAUGUAUGAACGGACGCAGGACACCGAGCCGGCACUAGCGGGUUUUGUUGAAGAGCUCAUUGCCUUGCCAAGUGGAUAUAGGGAGAAGGAGAAGCCACAGACGGCCGAAGAGAUACAAAAGGCAGCGCUAAAGUCACAGAAACGCAAGCAACAGGCUGACGAGCGUCGUGAGAAGGACAAACAGAAGACGAUGGAGCGUCUGCUGAAGAAACAGGAAAAUGGCAAACAGCGCUCAGCAGCACGCAAACUGCAAAACCAAAAGCAGACAACGCCAUUGCUCACCUACAUGAAUACCAUAGAUGGAGCCUACAUCAUAGUGCCACCAGGCCAGGAGUUUCCAAUUCAAGCCCAGACCGCAAUUAAGCCGCCGCCAGCUAAACUUUGCGGCGUCUCAGGCUGUGGCAAACGCAAAGUCUACAAUUGCUCCAAGACGAAUACUCCGCUGUGUAGUUUAGCCUGUUAUAAGAAGAAUUUAGCUGUUGCCUAAUUAUAGUAUUAUUAAGAAG